UAGCCAGGGGGUGUAUGAGCUCUGAAACGUCAUAGAUCGUCUUCGUGCACUGUAGUAUCGAGUGGAAGUGGAGGAGCGCGAUUGCUCAAAUCGACUUAAAUGGCGGACGAGGAUUACAACGAAGCCGAUGAUUUGGGUCUCAGAUCUCGACGAUGGCUACACAGAUAUGUCAUCAACCAAUUGCCAAUUUCACUUCCUUAGCCGAUCAUUUACAAUCCCCAAGUUUUAUCCCAGGUGGUCUUGUUAUCAGUUAAGGCCUUCUUUGGUUUGUGUUUUCACGAAACCGUACAAGUUCAAGUACUGGUGUCCUCCAUGGUGGCAGCCUUCUAGCCCUGAGUACAUUGAGCUCAAAGAUUUGGCGACAGGGAAAAUCUUGGUGACCUUUUAUAUUAGGACAAGCAGUGCUUGCAUGUUUUGUUUCACUGUUUCUAUUAGUAUGCUGUGCUGUGCUCUCUGGAGGAACCCCAUAUCAGACGCUAAACAUGAUAAUAAACUUGUGAAAAACAUAUCAGGCGCUAUAUAAGAGGUGAAUAUUUCCAACUUGUGAAUCCAACAUUUCAAAUAGAAGACUAUAAAAAUGAUAUUAAACUUUUUCAAAGUAAAAGUUGAAUUAUGGGCAAAACACAAGAAAGUUAAAGCAGAGCUGAGUUAUAUAUCACAUACGAAUUCCAAGAGUUGUAUUACUAAUGUAUAUAGAGUUGUAGAAGUUUACAACAUUCCACUAAUGGAAUUGGAAAUAGCGUUAAUCUUAAAAAAAACUUUAUUAAACUGGUAACAAUUUAGAGACCGACUAAGAGGCAUUAUCCUUUAAAUACCGCUUAGCAUUUGGCAUUGCAGAGCAUCAGCUCCUUUCUACAAAAUUCUCUACCUGUGAAUUUAGUUCUCUAGCUUCUUGUAUAACAAUG